GCAACACGGCUGUUGUUGAGGAGGAUUAAUUAGAGUACUCAAAUGUCUGCUAGUGCGCGAAUAUUGGCACAGAAGAAAGAAUACGAUGCCGUCGAAGGGUUAGAGCACAAUGCUCAUGCGUUGCGAGAGACGUUCCUUGCUUUCGCGAAGCAACUCAAGUCAGCGCAAGACGGAGCUCAGUCAAUCGGAAAUGUGCUAGCCAAUUGGCCACAUAUGUUCUCCGUCAUAAGCUCCUUUGCUCAGGUGCACGAGGCUACAGCGACUGCUUUAGCUUUUAAGGAUGCAAAUGAACCCACACUAGAGGAUCAGCCACCUACUCGAUUGGUCCGAGUCAUGAUUGAGGGCGCUAAUGAGGAACCCAGGCCAUCGUCGUCAAAAUGA